UACUACACAAGCUUGAUUCCGCCUGCAAACGGAUCCGAUUGGUUGGGAUUCCACACCUUUGUUAAGGCCUUGAACACUCAAAUUCGGAUCAUAGGAACCAUUGUGAUCAAAUUGGAUCCAACAAACGGUGGUGGUCAAGAAACGAAGAAGAUGCAGCAGAAAAUCAACGAUCAACCUAAGUAUUCAAAACGAGAAAAGGCCUUGGUCCAAAGAGACAAAGGCCUUGAGGAAGACAAGAAA